UCUUCUUUCAGCUGAAAAAAUCGCGAGAAGAGAAACGUGUUUUUUAAGUGAUCAGUGGUGAAUUAACAAUUAAACAAAAAAAAAAAAAAAAAUUGUGAACGAAUGACUGGGCAAAAGGGACGGCCGAAGCCAUGAAGAAGAAACCGUGUCAUCGUUGUUGGCUCUUACUAUCGGUGUUGGUGAUGGCCACAUUGGCACGUUCGGUGUCCAGUCAACUGACGUUCACGUUUCAACAGCCGCAACGUGAAAGCGAAUACGCGCACCAUUUGAUCCGCAUUCCGGGCGACAUCGUUUUCGGCGGAUUGUUCCCCAUGCACGAGCACCUUGUGCUCUCCGAUCACGCGGCCACGGACGGAGCGUCGGGGAGCGGAGGCGCGGCCGGCAGCAGCAGCGGCGGAGGCGGACUGGAAUUCCCGUGCGGGGCCAUCAAGGAGGAGAAGGGCAUCCAGCGGCUGGAAGCCAUGCUCUACGCCCUGGAUCUCAUCAACGACGACCCCAACAUUCUGCCCAACAUCACCAUCGGCGCCGUCAUCCUGGACACUUGCUCCAGCGACACCCACGCUCUCGACCAGUCCAUGGAGUUUGUCCGCUCCUACAUGAACAAGGAUGCCUCCGAGUACCAGUGCGAGUCUGGCGAAGCGCCGCGCUACGUUCCGCACAAGCCCAUCACGGGCGUCAUCGGUGCCAGCUUCUCCACCGAGUCCAUCAUGGUGGCCAACAUCCUUCGCCUCUUCAAGAUACCGCAAAUCAGCUACGCUUCGACCAGCGCCGAAUUGUCGGACAAGUCGCGAUUCGAGUAUUUCAGCCGAGUCGUCCCGCCAGACAAUUUCCAGGCUCAAGCGCUCGUGGAAAUGGUCCGCCAACUCGGAUGGAAGUACGUCUCUACCGUCGCCGUCGAAGGCGAUUACGGCGAAAAGGGAAUCGCUUCGUUCGUAACGUUGGCCGAAUCGGCGGGCAUUUGCAUCGCCGUGUCGGAGAAGAUUUUGCGACGGGCCGAAGACGCUGAUUACGAUCGCAUCAUCGAACGUCUGUCGCAAAAGUCCAGCGCUCGCGGCGUUGUCAUGUUUGCCGACGAAGACGAAACCAGGCGAAUGCUGGCGGCGACGAUGCGGCUCAACAAAACAGGUCAAUUCCUUUGGGUUGGCAGUGACUCGUGGGGAGCCAAAUUGCAUCCGGUGCGGGAUCAGGAGUUCGCUGCUGAAGGAGCCAUUACCAUCCUACCCAAAAGAUCCUCAUUGGCUGGUUUCGACACGUACUUUAAAGCGCUGCGACCAAAGACGGCGAAAGUGUGCGGCAGCGUUGGCGGUUUGGCUAAUCACAAUGGCGGUGGGUUGGCGGCAGGUGCGGCAUCGUCGGCGGCCAACGCGACCGGCUUCGGAGAGAAUCAAUACUAUCGCAACGCUGUCAAAGGCUCUCGCAUUUACAACUGCCGCAAUCCUUGGUUCCGCCAAUUCUGGGAACAGCAUUUCAAAUGCAGGUUCAAUACGAGCGCAUCCGGCAGCGCAGGCGGAACGAAUCUGCCCGAAUGCAAAGGGGGAGAUAAGCUCACUUAUUACGAGCAAGAAGGUCUCGUGCCUUUUGUCGUGGAUGCUGUUUACGCCAUGGCGCACGCCGUUCACCGCAUGAUUACUGAUGUGUGCGGACCCGAUGCUCGUGAGCUUUGCGACGAACUCAAACCCGCACCGUCCGGCAGGAAUUUGCUCAAGUACAUCCGAAACGUCAAUUUUAUCGGUCCUCAGGGUCAGCCGGUCCGGUUCAACAAGGAUGGCGACGCCUAUGGUAGCUACAGCUUCUAUCAGUAUCAGCGUCACGGCGGCAAGUACGACUACGUGCGCAUCGGUGAUUGGAGCGCCUCGUUGGUGCUUAAUAUGAGUAUGCUGGCCUGGCCCAACAGCACCAGAGGCACCAUACCCAGAUCCAUCUGCAGCGAGGCUUGCCCCAACGGAUACAUUCGAAACUUUCAGGAUCAGUGUUGUUGGAGUUGCGUUUCUUGUCGCGAAGACAGCUACUCUUUCAACGACACUUGCGUCGCCUGCGCUCCCGGUUACGCGCCCAAUCUGGAGCACAACGGCUGCGACAAGAUUCCGGCCGAACAUUUGACCUGGGACAGCCCCUGGGCAAUCGUUCCGCUUGUUUUCUCCGCCCUAGGCGUCACGGCCACGCUGUUCACGCUGACCGUCUUCUUGCGUUACAACAGCACGCCGGUGAUAAUGGCAUCCGGACGGGAAUUGUGCUACUUGCUGCUGACGGGCAUCCUCAUGUGCUACUUGAUGGCCAUCCCCAUCCUGGCCAAGCCCAACAUGUUCACUUGCAGCGUCCUGCGCGUCGGACUCGGCUUCGCCCUCUGCCUCUGCUACAGCUCCAUCCUGACCAAGACGAACCGCAUCUCGAGAAUCUUCAACCGCGGAUCCAAAGCGGGCAUCAAGCGGCCGUCCUACACCUCGCCAAAGUCGCAAAUCGUCAUUUGCUGCGGCCUGGCGUCCGUGCAACUGGGCGGCAGCCUCUUGUGGCUCCUGAUUGAACGUCCCAGCACCAAAGAAGUGCACCCGCAGCCGUUGACUGCCGUGCUCACCUGCGGCGUCAGUAACUUGUCGCUGGUGCUCUCGCUCCUCUACAACAUGCUGCUCAUUAUCCUCUGCACCUUUUACGCCUUCAAAACGCGGAAAAUACCCGAAAAUUUCAACGAGGCUAAAUAUAUCGGUUUCACCAUGUACAGCACCUGCAUCGUCUGGCUCGCCUUUGUCGCCAUCUAUUUCGGAACUUACAACGAUUACAAGAUUCAAACGGCAACGCUGUGCGUUUGCGUCAACAUCAGCGCUUCCGUGGCCCUGGGUUGCCUCUUUGUUCCAAAAGUCUACAUCGUUCUCUUCCAACCGUACAAAAACGUCCGUACGCCUGGCAGCGGGGUGCAACGAGGUGGGGAUCACCACCGAGGAUUGAAUAAAUUCAGUAGCAGUGGCGGUGUAGGCGUAGCAGGUAUAGUAGGCGCGGCCACGCCGAGCCACAGCCAACAGCCGUUGGCGAGCAGCAUUAGCCAUCCGCCGGCCACGUUGAGUAGCGCUACUCAGUCGAUGACUUCGCUGAGCCGCUUCGCCAAUCCCACUACACCGACGGCCACGACGACGGCGGCCGCCAGCAGCCUCACGUCGUCGCACAAAGCCAUUUCGACGAUAUCGUUUGGCAGCGCCACGGUGGCCGUGCAGGCCAACGGCUCCGACACGAAUCAAAGCCGGUCCGAAGCCGAACGCGAUGCCAAUAAUCUCAGCUAGGGAAGGUGCGAGGUGCUGCUUUAAAUACUGAAAAAAAAAAAACCCACUUCUUUUUCUUUUUUGUUUAAGGGAAAAACAAAAAGGUGAGCCCAAUUUUAAUUCAUUCACAUUUUUUUUUUUUUUUUUUUGAAUUGUUUAAAUGACGAAAAUCGAAACAUUUGGCGCUAUGAAAUGUGUACUCAAAAUGGCAGCACCUCGACUUUCAGCAGCGAAUUUAUUUAUUUUUUUUUUUUAAUUAAAGUAAGAAAUUCCAAUUUGCUUUGCUUUUCUUGGCCAAGAAUUACGUUUCCUAUUUGUUCUACUCCUGCAUCCGUCCUCGUGCGAUUUUUCUCAGUUCUUUUUUUUUUUUUUUUUUUUCUCAGCCCUUUUUCCUUAUUACAGAAAUUAUUGAAAACGUUAAAUUGUAUCUCGGGAUCUCUAAAUUCGUUUAAGUUUUUAAAUGAUUAAAGUUCUUUCUUUGCCAAGUUAACCGGAAAAAGGUCAUUUGGUGUGGGUAGGCCGCCACGAGUUUUGUUUUAAAAUGAAAGAUAAUUAUGUCAUUGCUACGUCAGUUUUUAAGUGUUUCAAUGGGCCGUGCGUCAAGUUACGUUUUUAUAUGGCUUCUUUGGAUAAUUCUGUCUCUGGCAAUCGCGUCCCGCAAUUCUCUUUUGAUUUUCAUCUGCGGAAUUGAUUCUGGAAAUGCAACACCCCUACCCCCACAAUCCUAGACGAAAUUCAAAAGGGUUGCGGGAUGACUGAGCCCCUUUUGUCGAGACAGAAUCAUCACAAACAAGUUAACGAGAUAACAUAUAAAAAUUAACAGGUUCUUCGUUCAACCCCCCUUUAAUAAUAAUAAUAAUAAAAAAUGAGAAUUAUCAUUCCCAAUGAAAAGAAAUAAUUAAAUGGCCGACAUGUUAGGUAUGUAUGUGUGUGUAUAUAUUUUGAUUAUUAUCAAUCAUUUUUUUAUCCUAUCGUUCACGAUGUUAUCCCAAUCUCACCUCCACAGCACACUUCCACGCCCUACAUAUUUAUUUGAUAAACAAAUUCAACUCCCCCCGGUCUUCGUCUCUUCUGUAAUGUAAAUAUUUAAAAAAAAAAAAAAAUGUCUUUUAAACAU